GGUCUUGCUUCGUCCUAUCUGACCCUGUCGACCUCCACUCAGAGCUGCAAUGAACUUGAACUGGCUGGCAUUAGAAUGGCCUUGCACGACUCCACUACAACGUUCCCAUGCCACUUCUCCGCUGACAUUUUUACCCCCCAUCCACAUUUAUUCUACUUAAGCCUUGCUAGCCCUGGACCUUCAUCGAGGCGGAGGCGUUGUUGAUAUCCAAGAGCCUUGUAACUCCAGAGUUAAAUCGAACCAGGGCACCAAAAUAGCAUUUCUUAUUCUGAGACUCGAUCUAUCUUGAAUCUCUUGGAACCUCUCCUCCUUCUCAUCUUUCAACAUAUACAUAGUAUCCCGCCGGGUCCACUCUCGACUCUCAUAAAUACAAUCUGCCCCCAUCUGGACCGAUCUCGCUCUCACCUCGACUCAUCCUAGAACAAUUGGCAUCACUGACCACUUGGUCUUCACGUACGUGCAACCAUAGCCAUUCGUCAUCUCUUGUCAUCUUCUAUACUUUUUCAAACUCUCCUCCAUCUUCUCAUGGAGCCUUAUCCUCAGUUUCCUAGUCAGGAAGACUCACAAACGUCUAGAUCUAGACCUCAAAGACAACUAUCACUCGCCGAGUCGUCUGCCAUAGCAAUCCAUAACCAAGCACCUUUAUCAUCAUCCUCAGAAUACGAUCAGUCUACCCCGCAACAGUCCCCAGCAUUCUCAGCAACUUCCUCGCCACCACUCUUUGCGCCGCUCCCCCUCGCAUCUCAGAACACCACCUUGCAAGGCUGGUCAUACAUAGACCCCUCUCAGUCCUCACAAACACCGCUUCUACGUCUCGAUCCAGCUCAAGACCAAGUUAUCCCUCCGCCGUCGAGAUCUAGCUACACGAGCGAAGGAGACCCCUUCUCCCAGAGCAGUAUGACUACUAUGGGUGUUCAAUACUAUCCUCCAUUCGACGCAUCACUGAACCGUUCAGCUUAUUCCUGGCCAGUGUUUGACCAAAGCACCAGCUACCAGGACGGAUCUGGGCUGCUGGAUCCCUUCGCCGAGCAGGCUAUCGUCUCCAGUGAUUCGCGGUCUAUUUCGUCAAGCCCGCCCCAAGGCAUGCUUACCACCGAGCAGCGCGAGCUGAAGCGCCAAAGAGAUCAGGCGCGGAGAGAUUCAAAGGCACAGAUCAGGCGGGACAGGUCAUCAAGCAACUCAUACCACCCAUCUCUCUCAACUACGCCAGACAUCCUUCCCAGGACUCUCACAGGCUAUUCUCAACCCACGACCUCAGCAUCAAUCUCUUCCAUCAACCUACCACUACAACAGCCAUACAUGAGCCCUCCCCAAAUCCCGAGCACUCAAUCACCAGAACUAUACCAGGCCCCGUACCCAAUCAUUAGCAACGACUUUUCAGGUGGAUACCUUAUGCCAUACACCACCGCACCAGGCGAACCAUCUAUCCCUUCUCUCAGCUCCCGCCCAGUCACCAUGCCCCCCAUGACUUCAGGCCCGGAAAUGCAAUUCUACUACGGCAACCAGCAGCAGGCGAAUGCUCCACAAGAGUCCCCCGACACUGUGCGCGUGGUGCACUCGCGCCCGAAACCACAGUGUUGGGACCACGACUGCAACGGCCGCAAGUUCUCGACCUUCAGCAACCUGCUACGCCACCAACGUGAGAAGUCCGGCAUGGCCAACAAACCCACCUGCAACAAGUGCGGCGCGGAAUUCACGCGCACGACGGCACGCAACGGGCACAUGGCGCACGAGAAGUGCAAGCAACGACGCAACUCAUAGUCGGUUAGCCAGCCAGCUGCUUAAUACAAGCGCCGCGGGGGCGGCGAAACUAAACUAUCAUCUUCGUGUACAUAUUUUACGAAAAGCUACGAGGCUUAAUUGGACAGUUCCUAGAGUAGGAGGGUGGGCGGUCAUGGAUGUUGGAAACCGAGCGCGGCUUGCCUUGCAGCCAGCGCUACGUGUAUAUGGAUAGAGAGAGUGGAGGCUGUCUGUUGGAAACAGCCUCGUGCGUGCGUACUGGGCACUACCUCAGAUUGGCAUUCUUGGAAUGGGCACACCCUCAUCUCCCACACUCGCUUUAGCAUUUAGAAAUUUAGCUAGCCAACAGAGCUGCAGACCCAAAAAAUCAAACAAAACUGAUACCCGG